AUGAAAUAUAUUAUUGACGAUAUUAUUGUAUCAAAAAAUGAUAUUGACGAAGAUUUUGAGUGUAGCUUUUGUUGUUCUAUUAUGUUAAACCCAAGAUCUUGUUUAAAUAGUCACAUUUACUGCUUAAACUGUUGGGAAAAACAAAUGGAAAUUAAAAAGCAAUGUCCUUCGUGUGCAGUUCCUGUAACUAUUGAUACACUAUGUAAGAAUAAAUUUUUAGAAAAACAUAUAAAUAUGUUAAAGAUAUAUUGCCCAAAUUCAUAUUAUAAUAAUAAUAAUAAUAAUAAUAGUAAUAACAAUAACAAUAAUAAUAUUGAAAAUCAACUGAUUUUAGAUAAAAGUAAUGGAUGUAAAGAAAUUAUAAAUAUAGAGUCAUUAGAAAGUCAUUUAAGAGAAUGUCAAUUUCAAUUUAUAGAUUGUCCCAAUAAUAAAAAAUGUGGAAUGUAUAGAAAGAAUCAAAUGGAACAACACCAAGGCCAGUGUGGGUAUUUAAAAAUAUCAUGUUAUCAUUGUAUGCAAGAUAUCGAAAGACAGUUUAUGGGUGAACAUAUAUUAAAUGAAUGUAAUGAUAUAACAGUACAAUGCAGAUAUUCCGAGGGUGGUUGUCAAGCAAUGAUACCUCGUAACCAAUUAGCAGCACAUUUAUCGGAAUUUGACAACCAUAGAGAGUUUAUUGAAAAUAUUAUUAAGGGGCAUCAAAAGAAAUUAAAAAGCACUUUUAAAGAGUUGGAUGAAACCAAUUCCAAAUUGGAUCAAUUAAAGAUAAGCAGUGAAUCUUUAGAAACCAACCUCAUUAACAACGACUAUUCAUAUCGUGGCAAAUGGAUCAUUAAGCAGUGGAACUAUCACUACGAAAUGUUUAUAAAGAAUCCCAUAAAGAAUUUAAUUAUCUCACCCCCAAUUUACCUAUCCCCAACAAAAGAAUUUUCCUUGUCGCUUACCCCCACUUCAACCAUCAACAAUAUAAACUGUUUAUCAAUUCAUUUAGAAAAGCUAUUUCAAACUAGCUCCAUUGUCCAAUUUUCAUUUGAAAUUAUAAAUUAUAACAAUACAAAAUCAAUAAAAAAAGAGGAAAAGAAAAGAUUCAAACAUUAUGGAGCAGCGCAUGCCAUAGAGUUUCCGGUAUCAGAAAUCUAUAAUAUAAAUAAUAAAUAUAUACAAGAUGAUGAACUGGAGAUAAUAUUUACAAUUAAAAUUUUAUCAGUCGAAGAAACUGAACAGUCAAUUGAUAAUGUAUUAAUAACUGAAAAAGAAAAUUAA